AUGCAAUGGUACCGUUGCCUUUGCUGGGUGUCAGUGGGAGUCAAUGGCCUUGUUUUGUUGGGAGAAAUCUGGUGGCGGAUUUCUUCUGGAGUCAGAGACCGGAAACUGGACUGCCACAUUGCCUUGCUGGCACUCCUGAUGAUGGUGCAGCUUCUAAAAGAGUUUUUGCCUGACGGCUUUGCGGCUGAAAUCCAGCAUGUGGACUACGCCAUGACAAUCUUUGCUGCCUUAGCGAUGCUGGCGAGGCCUUUACCGGCCGGUGAAGCAGAGGUCACUGGUGCAAAACCAAAAGAUGGCAAAGCCAAGCAAAACAAAAAGAAGCAGAGUAUGAUGGAUGGAAUCAUGCUUGGGCUUCUCUUGAUUUGGAAAGCCCAUCGCAUUGGAGUGAUUUGCUUCUUGCUGGUAGCUGUCCUGGAUGCAGUGGCCAUUCCAGCUACGGCAGCAGCAGUGAAGCAAUUGACCGAUGCUGUCACAAGAGGUGAUGCUGGGGCAGUGAUGUCUUCAUCAGGGGUUUACAUCGCGGUGAUCGUCAGCGCAGCACUACCUUUCACACUGGUGAUGUAUGUUUCAGCGAUCAUUCUUGCGGAAGGGCUGGUUCGACUGCAGACCAAGAUCAGUGAACGCAUGAUCUACAUGGAAUUCAACGAGUCUUCCAGGUUUUCUCACGAAGAUUGCCAAGAUGUGUUUCGAUCGGACAUUGCACGGAUGGAGAAGCUCAUGAACAUGAUGCUGAAGCAGUUAUUGGCUCCUUUCAUCAAGCUCUUCAUCGCUUUGUGCUACGUCACCUACGUGCGAGCAGAAGUGGGGUUUUUGGCCAUGACCAUGUUUCCAUUCAUUUUCACCACUGUCCCUGACUCCAGGUCGAAGCAGGCCUCAGCAGCUUUCAAGGAUGCUUCCUCGAAGCUGGGUGCGGUUUUCUCCAAUGCCUUGUCGUGCCAUUCCAUGAUUUGGCAUACCGGCACGCAGCAAGACUGGAUGAAGGAUAUUCUAUUUCCCCGUAGCUCAGAGGUGAAAUGCUCAAAGCGCCACAUGGAAUUCUGGUCUGGCGUCGUGGGAGGCUACAUCACCCAGAUGCUUCAGCUGUUCGUGGCCCUUCACGUUGUCAUCUUGGCCAACAUGGCUGUUCAAGGGACUUUGACGGCGGGAGAUUUCACCGGUAUCGUGGCGCUCUUUACACAACUUGCCUCUCCAACCACCAAACUUGGAGGAUUCGUGAAGGAAAUUACGAAGCUUUCUGGUGCCACACAGAGCGUGGCGGAAUUUCUGGCUACCAAAAAUCAACAGCCAAAGCAAUCCUUGUGGGACUUUCAGAGGAACUUAACACGCAAUGUCAUGGGUCCCGUGGUGUUGCGAGGUCACCAGGAGCCCGAAGAGGGAGAGGUGUCUGACGUGCCCGUGGCUCCUGGCUUUGUCCACCGAAUCAAACCAGGAUCUUUGGUGUCCUUCACCAGCGAGGAGGGUGGCCCAAUGCCUGACUUCUUGAAGCUGUUCAAUGGAUAUGGCGGCAGCCAUGGCUUUCAUUUGCGUCCCGAGAACUACAAGGGGCCUGGAUGGGUUGUGGUGCAACGCCUGAAAAAACGCACUGCCGUCUUAUCGAAAGAACCAAGCAUUCUGACGGGCUCUGUCCGAGAGAACAUUUGCUUUGGCAAUCAAGGGAUCAGUGAGGAAAAGCUGCUGCAAGCUGCAAGGCUGGCUGGUCUGAGUCUCGAGGACGGUGAAGGGUCAGGGUCGGAAGGCUCCGGCAGCUCCGACGGAACGCAGCUGGGCUUGAACUUCUCCACGCAGCUCGGGGAACGACGCGGCUUGGACAUGGAGCUUGCGCAGCGGAUCUGCCUUGCACGGGCGAUUUGCCGCAGGCCAUCCCUGCUGCUCUUGGAUCAAGCCACCGCCGGCUGGGCACCAGAGGUGGAAGCCAAGUUCUUCAAAACGGUCCGUGAGUUGCAGCAGACAGAGGGCUUUGCAAACGUUUCAGUGAUCAACAACUCCUCCCACAUUACGCAGGCGAUGAUCGAUGCGGGCUUCGCUGGGACGGUCUUCAGGAUGAAAGAUGGUCAACUUGAAGUCGUGGAGUCUGGUCCUUCAGUGCAAUCACCUGUGAUGUGA